AUGGCGACGAAAAAAGAAAAAUAAAUAAAUAAAUAAAAUAAAAUGACACGGGAGGUAGUGAUUGAAUCGACCCCAUCUCCUUCAAAUAUUUAUAUGCAGGUUGGUGUCUCCUUUCAGUGACGAAAAUGAGCAAAAUCGUCACAUCUCUGUCAAUGUAAACAGGACUCAUAUCAUCUUCUGCCGGAAUUAAUAAGAAUGAUCGAUUUCAAAACUCGUCUACUUUAGGUUUCUAAUUCAUCAGCACCACAAUUCAGAUUUUGUUUCAAAUUCCAUCUUUAGUUUACAAGUAUGGGAAGAACUCCAUGCUGCAACGAAGCUGGGUUAAAGAAAGGUGCAUGGACGGCUGACGAAGACCAGAAACUCAUCGCUUAUAUUCAAGAACACGGCGUAGGAGGGUGGCGGACCUUGCCUCAGAAAGCAGGUCUCCAGAGAUGCGGAAAGAGCUGCCGAUUGAGAUGGGCUAAUUAUCUUAGGCCUGAUAUCAAAAGAGGAGAGUUUAGUACAGAGGAGGAGCAGCAGAUCAUUCAACUUCAUGCUUCUCUAGGCAACAGGUGGUCUGCAAUUGCGAGGCACUUGCCGAAGAGAACGGACAAUGAGAUCAAGAAUUAUUGGAACACACAUCUCAAGAAACGAUUGGUUGAUAUGGGCAAUGAUCCUGUGACUCACAACCAGAUUAGCCCUUCUCCUACAUCAUCAUCAUCCGUUGAUAAUCCCGGCAGUGUGGGUGAGCAAAGAAGUGACUCUCAAAUCAAGCCAAUCCAAAGGUCUAUCUCAACUUCAACUAAGUUGAUCAACAAAGUAUCUGCAAAGUUUGCUCAAAUGCAGCGGAAAGAAAUUGCCACCAAAGUCUUAACACCUUCACCUAGCCUUGAUGCAAUCAAGGCUGUUUUACUUAACUCAACUAAAGAUACCAUUACUUUUAGAGGCUGUACCCGCCGUGACGACGGAGGCAGCGGCGGCGAUGGUGAUGAUAUUGAUGUUGAAAUUAUAGCAUCUAGGCCUGUUUCAUGCUCAAGUUCAAGUCGGAUAUUGAAUAAAAUGGCUACAAAACUGAAACCAUCAAAGAAUCUUGACUUGCUUAAGGAUAGGCUAAGUGUUCCAUCAAAGCAAUCAAUGGCAAGUACGAGUACUGGUUCUGAUACUAGCGCUGCUGGUGGUAGUUACAACAACAUCGAGUCUCCCAUUUCAAUAUCAGACUUUUUGGAGAGCUUGCCAACUUCAUCUUCUGCAUGCGAGUCAUCAGAAUUUACAGGAAAUUUAAACAUGGGUGAUGAUCAAGUUAACGAAGCACUGGCAGCUUUUCAUCAAGCAAUGGAGUUGGAGACUACAACCACCCCAGAAUCUCCCAUGUAUACACCAUAUGAAUUAGAAGAGUUUUUAGAAAAUUAUGGUGGUGAUGGAGAAGAUCAUGGGGCAACUUUUACAAAUGAUGUGAACCAAAGCAAAGCAUGUGAUUCUCAGGUCGCCACAUCUAUGGAACCCACUACUGAUUUCAUUCAACAAUUCACAAAUAUGCCUUUUGAUUGCAGAGAUAAUGAGUACUCCACAACCAAAUGCUAUUUCUAUGGUGAAGAGGAAAGCAAUGGUGGAGAUUUGGAAGUGAAUAUGAAUUAUUGGAACGAGGAUUAUGGUUGGUGAAAUUCACUGAUUCGAUAUUCGGACAAAUCAAGAGUAAAGCGAGGGGACAAAAUUUUUAAUUCAUAAA